AUGUCUUCGAGGAAAAAGGUUUUGCUGAAAGUCAUCAUCCUUGGUGACAGUGCGGUGGGAAAGACAUCAUUGAUGAAUCAGUACGUGAACAAGAAAUUCAGCAACCAGUAUAAGGCAACUAUCGGGGCGGAUUUCCUCACGAAGGAAGUGAUGGUUGACGACAGGCUAGUGACGAUGCAGAUCUGGGACACGGCAGGACAGGAGCGGUUUCAAUCCCUCGGGGUAGCAUUUUACCGCGGAGCAGAUUGUUGCGUGCUCGUCUACGAUGUUUCUGCGCCUAAUACUUUCAAGAGUCUGGAGUCUUGGCGAGACGAGUUCCUCAUCCAGGCUUCCCCACGAGACCCCGACAACUUCCCUUUCGUCGUCAUUGGAAACAAAGUGGAUCUGGAAAACCGUUCGGUUCCCGCGAAGAGGGCCCAGCAGUGGUGCCAACAGAAGAACGGGAUCCCGUACUUUGAAACGAGCGCGAAGGAAAAUGUGAACGUGGAACAGGCGUUCCAGACAGUGGCCAAGAACGCGCUGGCGCAGGAGACCGAAGUGGAGCUCUACAACGAGUUCCCAGACCAGAUCAAGCUCACGAACGACCAACGUGGUGGUGCGAACCGCAACGACACAUGCAACUGCUAA